AUUUGUUGUUACUCCUCUCUAUUCGAUUCUACGUUUGUUAUUUGAUAUACAUGUUAAUAAGAGUAAACAACGCGUAUCAUAUGUUAACGAUUAUUCCCCCCAAUGAUCUAGAUCACAACAGUUUAUCCGUGUCUUGGCUUACGUACAUGCUUCCGGAGGAAACGGCCAGAGCCGGGAUGAGAAAACAUCGGAGGCGAUACGAACAUUAUGAACUCACACUCAUAUGAACUCACACUCUCUCUGAAUGUGCCACUGGGCAAUCAGUGAAGUUCCUAUCCAUUCUCCCCAACCCACUGGCCGAAAGCUUGUUCCCAUUGCCAGCCCCUCUGGCUGGUGGUUGUUCCCAGGCCUCCAGAUCACAAGCCAGUGGCUGCUAUCCGUAGGGAUAAAUCUGCUGAAUUAGACACUCUACGUUUCUCUGAAACAGCGCAUGUUAUGUCUUCCUUAUCUGCAAACAACAUUUGAGAUUUUAUGGUCCAUAAAACGCUUUUUGGACACUAGCAUGAUGCUGAUUCAAUGGUCAGAUAUGGAUGGAGGUUCCGAGACUGCUUUCUUUAAGUGAAAAAUUAGGGUGCUGCAAUGAAUUCAGCAUAUCGCGAUUGACUUUUUAAAUUUCUUUAUGUCAUUUGGUCUCUCUUCCAUAUGUUAUUCCAGAUAAAACGAGCGCCAAGACAACGGAGAUGCAGACGCGCGCUUAUUUAUCGGCAACAAGUUCUAAUUUCGAUCCCGCGCGCUAAAAUUUUUGAGGCUCACUCGAAUAGGCUUAUCACAUCGAUACAAGACAACCACCAACACCCUUCAUAGCUCCAGCAUUAUGGCUCCAAUCGCCCUCAAAAAGCGCACAACAACCCGGGCAAAAAUCGCCCGGAAACCAACCACCUCCUCCACUCCAUCCCAAGGCCCCUUCUCCGACACAUCAACCUUGCGCACAAACAAAAAAGACAAACGCCAAAUAAAGCACUCUAUCUUCCUCUCUAAGAUCGAAAAGCCACGCACCAAGACCCUAAAAAGGCGGCGCCCCUCGAAGAAACUAGUCGCUAACCUCGAUUCACUGGUUGAUGCUCUGCCUGACACUGGCAACGAUAAUAAUACCCCUAAUGAUACUAUUGACAAACAAAGAGAGAUGAUGGCGAGCCAAAUGAACAUCAUCCGACAAAGGAGUUUGAAACAUAAACCCGGCGCGAUGAAGAGGAAGGAGACUCUGGAUCGGAGGGAGAGGGAGCGGUUUGCGAAGAAUCUGGCACAGAUGGCGGCAGCUUCACCUUCGACGGCAGGUGGCCCGGGUUCCUUGAAUAAUAAUAAUACACCAGUCCAUAUGGCACAGUCACCAUCACAACCACAGGUUGAGGAUGCCUCGACGUCGAAUCGCUGGGCAGCGUUGCGUAGUUUUAUUUCGCAGACUAUUGAUCAGAAUCCGGAGUUUAAUAAGGCUGCUGACAGGCCCACGUGAAGGAGUAUAUUAUGUCAUUUUAUUUAGGCGAUUUAUCCCGCGGGAGGAUGAUAGAUGGUGGAAUGCUUUAUAUUUAUGAGCGCAAAUUGUUGCUCUAAGAUGUCUUGUUAUCUCUUCGACUGGAGCAUAUACCGGCACGAGGGUGUCGGUGCUGUUCGGGCAGUUAACUAGGCGGUUUCCGGUCCUACAGGUCUAAGAAGGUUCAUAUGUGGUAGCGAUAGAUUGCAAACAUAGGUGAAUAGUGUGGAUACGCAUAGCUCAAGGGACGUCCAUAGGAUGAAUGAACCGGUGUAUGGAGUUUCUUCUAUAGAGUUUCAAGUUCUAGGGCAAUUUGAAUAUUGUAUAUAUCAUUUCUUCCGUGAAAGGACACCAUGGAAAAGAAUAAAAAGCAUCGUAAAAACAGUGCGAAAUGAUUGAGAGGCCACAUAUAUACUAUUUUACAUAGUGAAUCGUUUCACCGCUCCCUAUAACAAGAUAUUGGAAUAAAGUUAAGCUCCGGCCAUCAAUUUUCACCC